AUGGAUAACCUUCGACUAAGCCACGUAGUCUUAUCUGAUAUGAAUGUGAAUGCGAAUGUGAAUGCGAAUGCUGAUGACACCCUAAACAAUCUCCCAAAGGAUGACAAGCAAAAUAAUAAGCCAUCGCAGCAUCGUUCUGCGUUUUCGUUCCUGGUCACGGCAGGAAAAGAAGAGCCUCACACGUCUUCAUCCUUUCAGCUGUAUUCGCUAGUGGUUGCUCUUGUUACCCUAUUUCUUGGUCCACCGUCUGCCAAAUCGGCACUGGCGGCAGCGUCCUAUUUCCUUUUAGGUUCCAAACAGUAUGCUUCCAUACUAUCGGGAGUGCUCCGAAUGAUUACCUUUUCCAGUGCCGCCGUUCGAUUGGAAUUGGGCCUUAUUGCCAAGGUUCCCCUCCCGUCUCUUGUGGAUCGAUCACAACUAUUGCUGUGCCUAGACUCGUUGGGUUUGGUGAUGACAAUCGUCACCACCUGGAUGAUGCCACAAUUCAUCUUGGCCUGGGCUGCCAUUCGAGGGCAGGUGGAUGCCCAUGCCAUCAUCAUGACCAUGGAAUCAUCAUCAUCAUCAUCAGCAGCAUUAUCAUUAUCAUCAUCAGACUCGUCUUUGGCAAUGUUGGCAAUCACCUGCUUCUUGUCGGUUUUAUCCAUAAUAUUGGAGGGAUACAUUCUACGAUAUACCGUGCAUACCCAACAGUCCAUUGAAAAGGCUGAACUAUUACUUACGGAAUGA